AUGGCGCUGCGCAGUCCCUUGGCUCAUGCCGUUGGAUAUGUUUGCAUAUUCUACCUGUUUCGACGUCUAUGCGAGUUCAACGUUGAAUACAAUAUGGAAGGCAUGGUAGGAUGCCAUCAUGCAGAGGAUAGUUCACAACCACACUCCUACAUUAAUCAAAGUAGCACAUUGCCAUUCGAUCAUAAUGCCGCAGCUCGGAAUGCUACACAUCUGAUUAUUGUCGCGGGUCAUGCUGCGCUAAUCUCACAUCACUUGGGCGAUGUUGGGGAAGACGAGGCAGAUUGGUUUCUACUGGAAUAUCAAAUUGGACAAGGUUUGCCUCAAGUGAUCAAGGCGCAUAUUGAGGCCGCAUUGGAAGAAGCUCAGAGUGAUCCAGAGGGACUUGUCAUUUUCUCUGGCGGACCAACCAGAACUGCAGUUGGACCAGAAGCGGAAGGUCCUAGUUACUUUCAAGCUGCUGAAGCAAUGAAACUGUGGCCUCAGGGCAGCAAUGUCCGAUCAAGAACAACCACUGAAGAGUUUGCAUUGGAUAGCUAUCAGAAUCUACUCUUUUCAAUCUGCCGUUUCAAAGAAGUCACGGGGAGCUACCCGAAACAUAUUUCCAUGAUUUCGUUUUCCUUCAAACGACGACGGUUUGAAGAAGUCCACGCCCCAGCACUGCGGUGGCCUGCUGGGAAAUUCACCUUUAUCGGUGUCAAUCCACCGACGUCCACCGGAUUUGAUUUGGAAAAGUCUAGCCAGGGAGAAUUACUUAAUUCGCUCAAGCCCUUUGAAGAGGAUCCUUAUGGAUGUGGCGACGUCCUUCAAAAGAAACGAAUUGAACGUAACCCAUUCUACCGGACGGCUCCGUACCCAUUGUCCUGUCCCGAUCUAAAGCCACUAUUAGAUUGGUGCGGUCCGGACAUUGUUCCUUUGGACCAGGUUCCUUGGAACAAAGAUGGCGACCGAUGA